CGGUCUACGCAAAACGCUAAACACUAGAACACGUGUAUUGGGCGGUCACAGCCAUGCAGCGUUCACGUGUCUGGGUAUCAACAGAAGGCAGGACCGCUGUCUUGCGCAUCACUCGGCUACCGAUACUGCGACGACUCGUUACGAUGUCCCUUGAUUUUGAAACGACGGACUCAGUAUCGUGGGUCGGUUUAACUUGUUGGCCUUCAUCAGCGUCGUCCGUCUGAUCAUGCAAUACCUGAAAGAGAACAACUUGCACCGCACGCUGGCUACACUGCAGGAGGAGAGUACCGUGUAUCUCCACACAGUGGAUAGCAUUGAUAGCUUCACCUCAGACAUAAACAACGGCCACUGGGACGCCGUAUUACUGGCUAUCCAGGAUCUCAAGCUACCCUGCAAAAUUCUCAAUGACUUGUAUGAGCAGGUGGUUUUGGAACUCAUUGAGCUGAGAGAGUUUGGAGCAGCCCGGUCGUUGCUGCGGCAAACUGAUCCCAUGAUUUACCUGAAACAGACAGAGCCAGAACGGUAUAUCAACCUGGAGAACCUUUUAACACGUCCCUUUUUUGACCCCCGGGAGGCCUACCCAGAUGGCAGUAACAAGGAGAAGAGGAGGAUGGCAGUUGCCCAGGCUUUGGCAGCUGAGGUCAGCGUGGUGCCUCCCUCGCGUCUCUUGGGACUUCUUGCACAGUCUAUGAAAUGGCAGCAGAAUCAGAACGUGCUGCAUCCUGAGAUGACUAUUGACGUGACACAGAGCACUGCAACCAUGAAGGACACGGAGGAGGAGCGUUUCCCCACACAGCUCAUUUGCCACAUUCAGUUUGGACAAAAGUCCCAUGUGGAGUGUGCACGGUUCUCUCCUGAAGGUCAGUAUCUCAUCACUGGGUCCGCUGAUGGCUUCAUUGAGGUGUGGAACUUCACUACUGGAAAGAUCCGGAAGGAUCUUAAGUAUCAGGCCCAGGACAACUUCAUGAAGAUGGAGGAUGCAGUUUUGUGUUUGGCCUUCAGUCAAGAUUCUGAGAUGUUAGCGUCUGGGUCACAAGAUGGCAAGAUCAAGGUGUGGAGAGUUCAGAGUGGCCAGUGUCUGCGCAGGUUUGAGCACGCUCACAGCAAAGGAGUUACAUGUCUCAACUUCUGCAAGGACAGCAACCAACUACUGAGUGCUUCCUUUGACCAGACCAUCAGGAUUAAUUUGAUGAAAUCGGGCAAGACACUGAAGGAGUUCAGGGGCCACACAUCCUUUGUCAGUGAAGCAACAUAUACAAAAGAUGGUCUUCACAUCAUCAGUGCAUCCUCAGACGGCAUCAUCAAGAUCUGGAAUGUGAAGACUUGCGAAUGCACCAGCACAUUUAAAUCGCCCGGCUCGUCAGCAGGAGUAGAUGUCAUGGUCAACAACAUGUUCCUGCUGCCCAAGAACCCGGAGCAGUUUGUGGUGUGCAACCGUUCGAGCACCGUGGUGAUCAUGAACAUGAAUGGACAGAUUGUGAGGAGUUUUAGCUCGGGGAAGACAGAAGGCGGGGACUUUAUGUGCUGCACGUUGUCUCCGCAAGGCGAGUGGAUCUACUGUGUGGGUGAGGACCUGGUGCUGUACUGCUUCAGCACGCUUACCGGCAGGCUGGAGAAAAGUCUUACGGUUCAUGAUAAAGAUGUGAUCGGCAUAACGCAUCACCCUCAGAAGAACAUAAUUGCUACCUACAGUGAGGAUGGCUUACUGAAACUCUGGAAGCCUUAAACUGCUGUGUAGAGUUAUUUGGAGAGUGAACCCAGUUCAUACAUUUUGGUUAGUGUUCUCAGUCCUCGACCUUGAGAACCUCUGUGUAUUCAUGCCGAUAUUCCUGCCAUAUUUCGGCAAAUGGGUUUCUGAGAGGUCAAAGCAUCACUCAAAGUUAGAGAAAUAUUUUCUCCCCAAAACAGCUAGCUCGUGUAGGGGCCUUUGUGGUCCAGGUCUGAGCACCAAGAUGAUGUAGAACUGGGCUGGGCUGUCUUGACGGAGUGAAGGCCAAAUGUGUGGACAGGUUUUCACUUGGAUCACUAAAAUGACUGGGUAAUAGCUCAUAGCUUGGGACUUCUUUCACUCCAGAAAUCUUCAUCCCGACUCUUUCUGUUGCUACAGACCCAUACUGUACUGGUUUUCUUUCAUGUGACUAAAUAAUGUCAUAUAUCAAAUCUCUGAAUUUUAAUGUAAGAAACACAAUUGACUAGUAAAAGGGUUUCCAAAAUACUGUCUGUACCCGCACUAUGCAUGCUGACUUCUACUGUGAUGAGUCUGCCCUUUACUAAGACAACCUGUGUGUUUUAACACUUGACCUCAUGAAGUUAGCUAGCAUGCCACAUCUGCACUGCAUGGGUAGCACCAACUGUAUAUGUGCCAUAUAACUCUUUACAGUUCUGUAGUAUAUUUAAGGUGAUGUUGCCUGUGUUUUUGUGUGUACUGAAUAGUUUUAGCCAGUUGAUGUUAAAGUGUAUCACUUCAUUUAAAUAUGAUAUUUAAAAAAUGAAUUUGGUUGCCUUUUGCUGACAGGUUUCAGUGAGAGUACGUUUUCAAAUGAAUAUUUCAACUGCUAGUUGUUCUAUGUUUGGGCCAGUUCUGUGUUUUACAGGCAGUAUGGCUAUGGCUGACGGUGAUUUCAUGGGAUCUUUAAGGGCAUUUCCAUGCAUUUGCAAAUGUCAUUGUCCUGCCAAAUAUGACUGAAUAUGAAUAUGCUGAGUUAAUUCACAUGCUCUGAGAGUAUACACUUGGCAUGUACAUCAUUUUAACAGAUAACUUUGUAUAUGCCAAUACAUUUGGGUAUUGUUUCAGUGGUGUACUCCCUUUAAAUAGGCACCAUGUAAAGCAUUGUGUCUGUUGUAAGACCACCAUGGGGAGUAGUUGGCAUCGCACUUUAGAUUUUAUGUUUGAAUCUCUGGAUCACUGAGUGGAAAUGAAAAGGACACGCCAAGGUCUCAGGUUUACCAUACUGUAAAAAGUCCACGGUUCAAUAAAGGCUUGAAGCUAAGUAA